GGUCUGCUGUCAAGCUCUUGAGAACAAAAGAAAACAUGUCAGGUCGCGGGAAAGGCGGAAAAGGUCUUGGCAAAGGAGGCGCUAAGCGUCAUCGCAAAGUUCUUCGUGACAACAUCCAAGGUAUUACAAAGCCAGCGAUUCGUCGUUUGGCUCGCCGUGGAGGAGUCAAGCGUAUAUCUGGUCUGAUCUAUGAAGAGACCCGAGGAGUACUGAAAGUGUUUCUGGAGAACGUCAUCCGUGAUGCUGUCACCUACACCGAACACGCCAAAAGGAAGACCGUCACAGCUAUGGAUGUGGUGUAUGCUCUGAAGCGUCAGGGUCGCACUCUGUACGGCUUCGGCGGCUAAGUCUUUCCGUUUCACACAUCUGAUCUGUAAUUACCCAAAGGCUCUUUUAAGAGCCACC